GUUCUUCCUCUUAUUUUCUUAAAGGCACGGUUUAUUUACCCUUGUUGUAACACUGCCACCAGCUGUGCUGGAGCGAUAUCGACUCCAUGUUGCUCAAGUGGUUUUUGAUGCUGGUUUUACAGCGCCACCCAGCGGGUUAAUUCGUAUAUUGAUUCAAAAAGGAUUUACGAGUUCCUGAGUGUCUGGGUUGGAUUUUAAAUAUGAUUUUUGGCUUAUUUUUCAAAAUCAACAAACUAACAGGUUAACACUUCUGCAAAAGCAGCUACAAAAGGCUCACUAUAUGGAAGUAUCAUGUACUGCAGAGAGACAACAGCUAGGCUCCCACAAAACAGAUUGACAGUGCAAUUUAUUAUAGUAGCCUACUUUUUAAUCCAGACGAAGGCAAAAUAACUUUAUUUGAAGCCUGGGGUGCAUUCCUUUAAUUUCAAAAUGGUAGCAUAAAUUGCAUAGAACACUGCAAUGCAAUCAAUGCAAUCAAGUCAUUCUGAUGCAUAAUACUUUUGCAUUUAGACUUGGAAUUUCACUAGGCUAACAUGGUCUUCUGCUAACAUUAUCAGCACGUGUUGUCAGUGUGUGGAGUACCGGGUCACGACGUUGUCAAGGUAAUGGACGCACACUGUGAAGAAAGGGCCUUUGCUGAUUGGCUUGCAAGCUUGUGACAUCUCGAAUUCCGAUCGAAUCCUGACAUCUGAUUGGUCAGAUCGUUUAUCCCGUAUGAAAAGCGGUUUAGGAGCCAUUCAAGGUUUACAACAGCAAACCCCUGUGAUUUAUUCAGAUAACCUCACGUAAACUAUUUGAUAGCUACAGCUAUAACUAUUUCAUCCAUAAAGUAAGUUGAAGAUCUCUCUCUCAACCAUUAUUUGUUUUUGUUUACAUCUAAUGUUUUACUUAGACAAGCAGCAGCUUUAGCCUAAUUAUAUGUAAGUGUUUAGCGAGUUUUCUUGCCAUAAUAAAAUCCGUAUCGCUUUCGACAAUUCAAGGCUAGCGUCGUUAGCAAGAUUGCAGUGAUUGGAAGACACUACUUUGCAAACGAGCAACCUUUUGAAAUCCAAUACAGCGCUGUUUAUAAUACAUUCAUAAUCAGUAGCAAGGUCAAGUUUGAAUAUGCUUGAUUACCAUGACAACGUAAAAUGUUUUGAGCAGUGUGUCAUAAAUCAGGCACUCUUGUUAGUUUUUUUCUGACACAUUUUCAUAUUUGAUUUAUUUUCACCUAAUCCCCAUUGCACUUCCUGUGUCAGGCUGCAGAGGUUAGUGUGGCUGGUGUGCAGGCUGAGGAGGUGCAGCUUCAGCAGGGGAUGAGGGGAGGAGGAGGAGGUGGAGGAGCUGUCUUUGGAGAACCAGCAGGAGCCAGGCCAUAUCAGUACACCAGCUCAGCUGCAGGAAGAGCAGGACCAGCAGGGCCUCACACUGGACACAACAGAGGACCACACACAGCAUGCAGAGGCAUAAAGAAAAUAGUAUAAUCAAUAGCCUACAUUUACCAUCCACCCUGGCUUCUGGGCUAUGUCUCAGGAUAGCGAGUCAGCAGACACUGAACCAAUAGAACUUGAGACCCAGCUGAACCCCACAGUAGAGCAGAAUCAGGAGCAGGACCUGCAGGCCUUACUGGACCAGUUGCACCAGGAGAGAGACAGUCUGAACAGACUGGUACAGAAGCUCAGCCUCACAGAGAAAGAGCAGGUCCUGUUCACAGAGCCAGGCGGCAGGGGGAAACGUGGCUCUCGUCUGGACAGCUUCUUGCGGAGCGUGGAGGAGGAGAGGGACUACUACAGACAGGAAGCAGACAGCCUGAGGAGGAUGCUGAGGGGCAGGUGCUCCUGUAGCCCCUGUCGGGGGCACCUCCAGAGCCGCAGCCCCACCCGCCAGUCCCCUGUCAAGGGGGGCAGCUAUGAUUCUGAGCUGAUCAGGGUCUUAAGAGAGCGGGACGAGAUGCAGAACAUGCUGGAUAAGUAUGAGCGCCACCUGUCAGAGAUCCAGGCCAACGUGAAAGUUCUGACUGCCGACAGAGACAAGACCAGCAUGCACUACCAGCAGGCCCAGCAGGAGAUAGCGUCGCUGCGUCGCGAGGUACUGAAAUCCAAGUCGUCGCGCGCAGCUAAGAGCAGUGUCACUGUGUCGGCUCAGAGCAUCCUGAAACGCGUGGAGGCGGAGAGAGACGAGGCCAAGGUCGACCUCCACCAUAUGAGCACAGAGAGGGACAGUCUGAGGGAGAGACUCAAGAUCUCUCAGGAGAAAGCCAUCAGUGAGAGGGCUCAUCUGGAGCAGAGGGUGGAGGACCUGCAGACAGCCAUUCUCACUCUGGAGCAUGAGCGGGGGGACCAGAAGAGCCGUCUUGCCCUGAUGAGAGAGUCCAUGAUGGGGCUGGAGGAGGAGGUCCACACCCUGGGCAGGAAGCUGACCGCUGCUGAGGACGAACACAGCAGGACCAGGAACGAGUGUGUCAUGCUGAGACUGUCCAACAGUGAGACACAGAACGCUCUGAGUGACAGCCAACGCAGACUGACCUCCCGCAUCGGAGAACUACAGAAUUCCCUGGAGAGGAACAAACUGCUGGACGAGAAGAACGACUCUCUACUGAGGCAGAUGUCUGGUCUAAGAGAGGAGGUGAGCAGUCUACAGUCCACCAUCACUGACCUGGACCAGAGGAGAGACUCCCUGCAGGAGCAGAUGGAGAACAAGACUGACCUCCUUAACUCAGCCCACAACCAGCUGGACAACAAAGAGAAAUCCAUCAGGAAUCUCAGGUUGUCCAUUGAGGAUCUGGAGACAUCAGCAGAGAGAUUUCGUGAGGAGCUGGCAGGGCGGGAGAGGGAGCUGGAGGCUUUGAGGAGGAGGCUGGGGGAUGCGGGGGAGGAGCUGGGGGCUUUGGCCAAGGUGAAGGAUUCCACCCUGAGGGAGAAUGCUCAACUCCAAGAGGAACUGGACAUGAGCCGCCUCAACAACCAGGCCCUGGAGCUGAAUUCUGAGGACUCUGCCCAGGAGGUGAAUGAGCUGCAGAGGAAGGUACAGGACUAUGUGGCUGACAUCUCCCGCAUCGAGAACCUGCUGUCCACCAAGGAGCGGGAGUGCAGGGAGCACCAGGAGGCUCGGCGGCGUGCGUCGGCCCAGGCCGAGAGCUGGGAGGGGCAGGCGCGGCAGGCGGAGGGGAGCAUCAGCGAGCUGAGGCUGGAGCUGAUGUCCUCAGACAUGGAGAGACGCAGACUCAAGGAGAAGGUGGAGGCUCUGGAGGCCAGUCUGCAGGAGGCGUUGUCUGCAGAGCGGAGCUGCAGCAGCCAGGUGUCUCAGCUCAAUAGGAGUCUGCUGCACACUGAGGAGCAGUUGAGACAGGCCCAGGGGGAACACACUGCCACUCAGACUGACCUGGAGAAGACCAGGGAGCUCUGUGUCAAACUGGAUGCCAGCAAGGAGGCUGUGCACUGUGAGCUGGAGCUGCUCAGGAAGCAGCUGUCCAGUGAGCGUCUGAGCAUGAAGAGCCUGGAAUCCAUGCUGGUGUCCACCAGGGAGAAGGAGCUACACCGACAGCUCAGCUCCCAGGAGAGACACACAGAGAUCCAGCUGCUCAGGGACAAACUCACCGCGGCCGACAGCAAGGCGAGCUCUCAGCGUAGAGAGGUGGCUACAUUGAGUACUCUUUCGGCACAGCUAGAGGCUGACCUGGACAUGACCAAAAGACAGCUAUCUACUGAGCGGUUUGAGAGGGAGAGGGCAGUGCAGGAGCUGCGUCGUCAGGGUCUGUCGUCAUCGUCCUCUGGCCUGCAUCCCUCCUCCCCUCACCUGCGUCGCUCCCUCAGCCCCAGCAGGCCCCUGUGGUCCACCGCAGACCACCUGGCCAGAGAGAGAUCCCCAGAGAGGAGCCUGGGGUUCAAGGACCUCUACGACUGAACAGAUCUCUCUCUGGAGGAAAGACAACCCAACCUUCUCUCUAGUCCUCACUGUGCUAUGAUGUCAUUCUUCAACUCAAACCUGUGAUGUCAUGAUCAGGACCUCAGGUUCAGAACAACCCUCCUAGACCGGAAAUAGUUUAACAAGUGUCAUCUCAAAUGUAUGUUUUAUUACAUUUUACAAACUGACAUCACUGUGUUUGGUUGUGUAUUGAUCUGUAAAAUGAGUUACCAUUCAGUAUAUUUUUGAUGAAGAUUUGAUUCAAAUGAAAUGCAGCUAAAAGAGGGAAAUGAUGUUCUUUCAUUAAUAUAUUCUAUUUUUUGUAAAUUGUCUGAGAGAAGGGCUUUAAUAAAAAAAAAUGUUUUGUUCUU